CGGGACGGUGCCACGUCGCGGGAGGUUGUGGCGGAUCCGGGGCCGGGGGCCGGGGCCGGCACGAUGGCGGACUGGGCUCGGGCUCAGAGCUCUGGCGCCGUGGAGGAGAUUCUGGACCGGGAGAACAUGCGGAUGACCGACAGCCUGGCCUCCAAAGUCACCAGGCUCAAAUCGCUGGCCCUGGACAUCGAUAGGGACGCGGAGGACCAGAACCGGUACCUGGACGGCAUGGACUCGGACUUCACGAGCAUGACGGGCCUGCUCACGGGGAGUGUGAAGCGCUUUUCCACGGUGGCGCGGUCGGGGCGGGACAACCGGAAGCUCCUCUGUGGCGUGGCCCUGGGCCUGGUCGUGGCCUUCUUCAUCCUCUCCUACCUCCUGUCGAGGGCGAGGACGUGAGCCGGGGAGCCGGCUUCUGUGGGUGCCUGGGGCAGCCAGGGCCUUCCCCCGCCUGGUGUCCUGGGCUCCGGCUGACCUCCCUCAAAACAUUCCUUUGAAAUG